AUGCCCCACGCGCAAACCGCAACCAAGACACCCACCAUUGACAACGUCGAGUUGUACGUCAAUGAUGGGCUCUUAGCUCCUAGCGAAGUCACCAAGCUUCGCGUUUCCUAUCCUGAUGAACCUCUCGAGGAGCUCUACCAACGCUACAUCACAGAAGGCUAUGUGUUUGUGAAAGGCCUUCUGCCACGAGAGGACGUCCUUGCCGCCCGUGAGGCCUACUUCACCUCCAUGUCACCCAGUGGGGUCCUCAAGCCUGGUACAAAGACCGUUGAUGGUAUUUUUGACGACUCUGCCGACCCAGCUGAUUAUCCCGGAAUCGGAGCUGGCAGCUUCAAGAACUCGCGUCCAGGCGAAACGAACAAGUCGGAGAUCUUCGUCGACGCAGCACUCAAGGCGCACACUGAGCCUUGGUACUCUGGAUCCGAGGAUGGAAGUGUCCGAGGAUUCUGCAACCAUCCCGCCUUGAAGGACUUUGUCGCCCGUCUCACCGGCUGGGGAGAUGCAACUCUGGCAGUUCGUCGCACCCUGUUACGCAACAACACGCCUGGUAACAAGGCGAUCGGAGUGCAUUACGAUCAGUCCUUCAUGCGCUACGGCGAGCCUACAGCUAUGACGGCCUGGGUUCCUAUGGGUGAUGUCAAGGUCGACGGCGGAGGCCUGAUCUACCUUGAAGGGGGCGACAAGCUGGGUGCAGACAUCGAGGAGGACUUUGCCCGCAAGGCAAAGGCCGCUGGAAUGAACGACGAAGAGAUGCGAAACGCCUUCAACUCUAACAUGAUGAGCACCGGCUUCUUAUCCGAGGGACCUGCCGACUUUGGUAGAACCUAUGGGAAGAAGUGGCUUGUCAGCGAGUACGAGGCUGGAGAUGUUGUUUUCCACACUCCUCACAUGAUCCACGCCUCUACGAUCAACCACGACCCCAGCGGCCGCAUCAGACUUGGUACAGAUCUGCGAUUCGUCAACUCGAAGCGCCCUUGGGACACACGAUGGAACAAGGACUAUGAGUUUGGUGACGGGCUGUAA